AUGCCGCACAUGCGCGAGGUCAAGACGUGCGACCGCUGUCGACACUUUAAGCGCCGCUGCGAUCUCCUCAAGCCGUCCUGCUCCCGCUGCGUGCAGGCCGGCGUGCGGUGCAGCUUUGAGAAUCCCGGUAGUGGUGGUGGUUCUGCGUCGGCCCCCAACGGCUCGUCCGCGUCCCCGGUCCUCAAGUACGAGGACAACCCGGAUGGCAAGAACGGCCUCAUUUCCCCCUCCGACUCGGUCGAGGAGUCGAGCGAGCAGAAGCUGCUCAUCAACUCGCUGUCGGGGGCCGUCGACGCAUCAUCGCUCGGGGACGACGCGGCGAUCGUCGCGGGACCCUCCUCGGGUGGUGGCGGUGCCCACGCCGGGCAGAGGGUCGUGAGGAAGCGCAAGCGCAAUUGCCUGAGCUGCCUGCGCUGCCAUCGCCUCAAGGUCAAGUGCGACAAGGAGCUGCCGUGCGGCCGUUGCAAGAGCAGCGGCAACGGGCGCGAGUGCUACUACAGCUACAACAAGGGACCGAACGGCGGCAAGUUCCCCUGUCCUACAGUGCCCAACCCCUCGUCCGGCAGCGAGAUCACCAAGUCGACGCAGGCCACAUGGCACGUCAGCCACGAGCCGCGAGGAUCGAGCCACUGGCGAGACCUCAUGACCAAGAUUGCCCACCUGACGACCAAGGAGUCGCCGACCCUGACGACGGCGCUGGAGAACGUGGCGACCAACGCGUGUCUCGCCAACUUCACGCUGCCGGGCAACUUCCCGUUCGGCACGCCGGGCGCCACAAAGUACUAUGCGCGCGACGCGGUGGUCAAGCUGGUGGAGAGCGAGCGGCCGCGGUGCCAGACGUACAUUGAACGCUACAUCAACCUGCUGGACUGCGUCAACCCGAUCCUGGACGUGGCCGUAUUCCAGCGCGAGCUCGAGGGAUACUGGCAGGACACCAACUCGGUGAGCCUGUGCUGGCUCGCCCAGCUGCUCAUGGUCAUGGGGCUGGGUGCGUUUGCGACGCCGAGCCACGAGGAGCCGAGCAUUGCGACGGAGCUGAUGAUGGGUGCCGAGGCGUGCCUGAUGCAGACGCCGUUCAUGUUCCGGCCGACGUUUGCCUCGCUCAAGGCGACGUGUCUGAUGGUGGUGGCCAAGCAGGUGUGCAACCCGACGUGCUGGUUUGUGGACUCGUGCUGGUCGCUGCUGGGCCUGCUGGUGCGCAUGUGUUUCAUCUUUGGGCUGCCGCAGGACAGCUCGGAGGGCAUGGACGCGGCGGAGCGGUCGUCGCGGCGGCGGCUGUGGCUGACGAUUCUGUACCUGGACAUCAAGCUGUCGCUGCCGACGGGGAUGCCGCCGUUGACGCGGCCAGACGAGCUGAGCUCGCUCAAGAGCAUGCCGGAGCUCGGGGAGCACAGCGGGCUGCAGCAGAUCUUGUCCGAGUCGCUGCCGGUGGUGCUGUCGAUCCUGGUGCAGCUCAACUCGGGCAACGACCAGAUCCCGUACCCAGAGGUGCUCCGGUACAACGCGCAGAUCCGGGCGCUGAUGGCGCACGCGCAGCGGGUGUGCACCAACGAGCUGCAGCGGACGACGGUGGACAUUUACCUGCGGCGGUGCCUCAUGGUGCUGCACCGGCCGUUUGCGCUGCACCUGGACGGGCCGACCAUGUUCCCCGAGUCGUACUGGUCGUCGCUCGAGUGCUCGCUGGCGGUGUUGAUGCACUACCGCAACCUCUGGUACGAGGACCCGGCGCACCGGUACGACCUGGUCGGGCGUGCCUUUACGCACGAGUUCUUCUCGGCGGCGCUACAGGCGAGCGUGCACGUGCUGCGGCCGGACGCGCCGCUGGCGGGCGCGGCGGGGACGGGCUGCGAGAUUGUGCCGCGGCAGAUCAUCCUGGACACGUUGAAGAGCUGCGUCGAGAUCUGGCAGGGGGAGCAGCACAAGAGUGUGUGCUGGCGGACGUCCUACAACGUGCUCCACGCCAUCAUGGGGCUGAUGCCGGACUCGGACAUGGAGGAGCUCGAGACGACGCCGACCUCGCGAUGA